AUGAUCUCGGGCCUCGCAACGGGGCACCUCUAUUGCCAUUCUUACGAUGCUGAGGCUCUCGAGAAUAGUCUUGCGAGAAAAAAGGAAAAGUACGAGAAAUCGAUCAAGGAUGAGACAAAUAUCUCAAAGCUAGCCAAAGUAUGGUGGUCUCAAGUAGACUACAAAGAUAGUUUAGACGAAGUGAAGAUGAACUGGAAGACCAAAAGACACAAAGGUUCAUGUCGCUCUGUGGUAUUUGAGGUCCAAGAAAACUCUGUUGGCGAAUUUCUUUACUCGGGUGGUACCGAUAAUGUGAUCAAAAAGGCCUCCACUGAGACAGGCAAAGUGGUAGCUAAGACGGACCUCAGCUCUAACUAUGAAAAUCCUAAAGAUGCGAUAACAACCAUGGCCGUUUCUCAAACCCAUCCGUAUCUUUUGGCAGGAACCGAUGAUGGGCAUGUAUAUGUCUACGAUAGUAGGCAGCUCCUGAACGAUAAAGUCAAAUUCAACCUUCAGAACAUGCAUGACGAUUCGGUGAAUAAAAUUUUACCCAUGAAUGCAGUGUCACCGUACCACUAUUUGUCAUUAGGAUCUACCACAUUGACACACUUCGAUAUCAGAAAAGGCAUAUUGACUCAGUCUGAUGAUCAAGGUGACGAGUUACUCGCAAUGUGUUAUCCUACAGAAUACGUGAAUCAGGGCAAAAAUGAUACAGUUUUGGUAUCUCAUGGUGAGGGCGUCGUUUCGCUCUGGAGAGAAUCCUCCAACAGGCUAUCAGACCAGAUUCUGCGAAUUAAGGUUAAUAAAAAUGCAUCCAUCGAUGCGAUUGUUCCUACAAUGAACGCAGGCAAUGAGAACUUCAGCGACUGCGUUUGGUGUGGUGAUAGUGAAGGCUUAAUCCAUAGAGUGGAUUAUAAGAAAUCAAAGGUCGUUGAAACUAGAGUACACUCAGCCGCCAUGGGCAAGCUAGGUGGACUAGACGAGGUAGGAGGGCUUGACAUAGACUACGAUUAUAGGCUCAUUAGUUCGGGGAUGGAAGGACUCAAAGUGUGGAGUGGUGAGUUCGAGCUGAGCGAUCGAGAAAAUGAGCUACACAGUUCGGAAGAUGACCAUUGGAGUGACAGUGAUGAAGAUGAUACAGCGUCAGAUUCUGAAAGUGAAUCUGAGAGCGAUAUGACCAAUCACACUACAAUUGGUUCUGAUGACGUCACAGCAGAUCAAUUAAAGAAAAGAAUCAAAGUUGAAGACAGUGAUGAUAGUUCUGAUGACGGAGUCGUGAAAAAACAGAAGACAAAUGUUUCCUCUGCCCAGGGAGGUCUAAAGGAGGAAUCUGGAAACAAUGCCGCGUCGAGUGAUUCGGCAAAACGAAAAGAAAAGAAAUCGAAGAAGAAGCUGUCAAAUAAUGGUAUUUUCAAGUUUGAUGGAAUCUAG